ACCCUGUGGGACAUUGCUUAGAUCGUGACGUGGUUGGUGUGGCAAGAAAGAGACGAACUGGUCAUAAUACUGAUAACUUCCUACAGGUCGUUCACUAAGUUAUUAUGGAAUAAUUCAGUUGGUAUUUUAUUCUCAACAGUUAACAAACCAUUUAGUGCAGUCUUCUCUGGCAAACAUUGAGCCCUCUAGGCUGCUGCGCUGGGACACGCCAGUCAUAGCCCUGGGACUGUCUGCGUCAUCAUGAAGCUGUACAGCCUAAGCGUUCUCCACAAAGGAGCGACUAAAUCCAAUCUCCUCAAAUCCGCAUAUGACCUCUCCUCCUUCAGUUUCUUCCAGCGCUCCAGUGUCCAAGAGUUCAUGACCUUCACCAGCGCCUUGAUUGUGGAGCGUUCUGCACACGGCAGCCGAGCCUCAGUCAAAGAACAAGAGUACCUGUGCCAUGUGUAUGUGAGGAAUGACAGUCUGAGUGCGGUGGUGAUAGCAGACAGCGAGUACCCCCAAAGAGUCGCCUUCACACUACUAGACAAAGUGCUAGAGGAGUUCUCCAGGCAAGUGGAAAGUAUAGACUGGCCAUCUGGAAACCCAGACACCAUCAACUACAAAGCCCUGGACAUCCACCUGGCCAAAUACCAGAACCCCAGAGAGGCAGAUGCGAUGACCAAAGUGCAGGCUGAGCUAGACGAGACAAAAAUCAUUUUGCACAACACCAUGGAGUCUCUGUUGGAGAGAGGGGAGAAGCUGGAUGACCUGGUGCAGAAGUCUGAACACCUGGGGAACCAGUCUAAAGUCUUUUAUAAGACUGCACGGAAGCAGAACUCAUGCUGUGAGGUCAUGUGAUGUUCUGAGUGUCUUCUUGGAUAUAUCUCUUGGCCUUUCUGCUCAUUCUACAACUUCCAUCGUGCCCCAGCCUCCAGGAGACCGAAUGGCCUCCACUCAGUCUCUGGGAGGGCGCAGGGGAGGGAGGAAGUGGGAUCUCUGGAAUUUCUUUACAUGCUUACUGGGGAAGAGGAGAGGAUGUGGGACUGGUGGGGUUUCAUCAGGAAGAUAUACAUAUUGGCUUCAUUGUAACAGUUCAAAAGGUGUUUUGAGGAGGUCCAUAGCCAGCCAGGACGUGUUUGUUGUUCAAAAUGUCUUAAACCGUUUCCUGAAUUCAGACUGUAUCAGAGUCUUAAUCUGAGUUUGAACUCAGCUUUCUGGGAGUUUUCAUCUCAUGCUUGGCGUUAAAGAAACCCUGACAAUCUCCCUCUGUACUCAAUGCAGUAACUCGCAGGAUGCUGGUGAUCUCAUUAAGGUCUGGUAGUGACAUUUUAUCUCCUCUGCCCUGUAGAUGACACGGUUUCCUCACAUUCGUGGUUCAGGGCCUGAGACAACAUAACUCCAUGAUCAAAUCCUCUUGAGUUUGUUUUCAAAGCUCAUUUCUACAGGACAUUAAUUGGAGUAGUGUUUUGAUUAUGUAACCUAAUCAAAACAACAAUAUGUAACCCAUUGAUGUUUUGUUGUUCUCUAUGAAGACGUGAAAACUUUGAAACAUUCCCAGGUUUUUCAAAUUCAUAAGUUUAUUGGUAUUGUAGCUCAAGCGGGUGAACUUAUGUUGAACUAAAAUGCGGUGGCCUGUACUUAUAGAACAUUGUGUAGUGAUGUCCACAGAUUCUCAUUGAUAGACAAAGCCUUAUUAAAAUAUGGGGUUAGAUUGAAGUCCCCCUACGUAGGAGUAUGUGUUUGGAAAGUGUCCUAUUGGAGGGAAACUCUGACUUUGUAAUCCUUCUAAAGCUGUUGUGUUUCUAGUCUGGACAAAGGCGUAAGACAUGGCACAUAAUGAAUCAGCCACGAUCCACCAAUGUGUUUUGCUCCACCAUUAUUAUUAUUAUUAUUAUUAUUAUUAGGUGUUCUACUGCAGCCUUAUGUCUGCAGCUCUGCCCCCUGUUGGCAGUGUGAACAUACUACAUCUGGAUUGGAUUUCAACUCUUAACUGAAUGAUCAUGACAACACAUUGUUGGGUAGUUAACUUCACUUUUGGAACAAGGAAAUUACUACCGGAGGUUAUUAUUUCAUGGUGAGCAAUGCUUGUAAUGUUGCAGGUAGACAUGUAAUGUAUAGAACAGACAAGAUUCCCUUUUCAGCAUAACACUGAAUCGUGUGCGUUUUACAAAUAUUUCUAUCAAUGUAUUCUGUUUUCUGUAACAGCCUCAGCUUUGUGUGCACAACACACUCACAGAUCACUCAUUUUUUGUGAUCAGUAUUAAACAUACCCAUUUGAUUUUUUGUUGUUGUUGCAGAAAUGGCUUCAGGUUGUCAUUGUGUUUCCAGACCCCAGCGGAUAUGUGAGAUAAAGAGAGGCCUUUGAUAUUUUA